AUGUGCAGUUUCAAUCUUGGCGAUCAGAACGACAUAUUGUCUGGUUUCUCACGCGCUCCCGGACCGAAUCUAGGCACAGAGCUAUGGAAUAAUUCUUUGUCUGCAUUUAACGGAACCGAAUCGACUAUGCUCCCGCCAUCGAUGCAACAGCAACUCCUUGGAGCUGGGUCGCAGUUGAAUUCAUUAUUUACCUCCGGUCCUCCACCGAAUGGAAUUCUACCACAUCAGUCACAUCUCAGUCACCUAUCUGGUUCCACCAACCCCGGAUGCGACAGUCUGAACGGCUUGGGUUCAUGUAAAACAACACUCUCCGGUUCGAAUGGAGCUCUGUUGCACGCCACCGAUUUCCACGACUCAGUGAGCAACUCCGCCUCGGUGUUCAGCUUCAGCGACACACUUGGUGCACAUUUCGGGUCGACCAGUGGAGAUCUGAGUCCCACAUUACUCAUGCACCUCCGGGCUCAGCAACAACAGCAAUCUCACAGCGAUUUAUCUCAUCAGCCACUCGCUCGCCGUCAUAGUGAUUGGAUAGUCAGUUCAGCCAAUUUGCUCCCCAAUGACCUGUCAUCCUCAACGCGUCCGCACACUUCGACAGCCAUUGCGGCUUCAAAUCGUCAUAUGACCAUGUCUGAACAGAAGUCGCAACAACUAGGACUGACUGGACGAGCGAAUUCUGAUCAUCCAAGCAGUCCGACUGGUAGUAAUAAUGGUCACCUGAUGACCACAAACAACGGGACUACUGGCCCUGUCAAUUUCGGCUCCAGUUCACCACAGUUCGACUUGAUAAAGGCGUUAGAUCAGCUGUGUCUGCACUCAGCCUUGGAUCCAGCUAGUGCNCGGUCCUUGUCUUCACCCACAUUGCAACUAUCACAACAAGCACCGGUGUCCACCACAGAUUCUCUCUAUUCUGUCUGUUCGAUGAAACCCACAGAUCCCGAUUGCUUUAUAUCUAUUCCAGCCUCAGCAAAUAUUCACNAUAUUCACCAUUCAAAUGAUGUGUGGUCUACAUCCGACUGUUGCGUAGCGGCCUCAAACAGUCCGUUCCUUCUCAACGCCCAGACCACAUGCACCGAAUCGACAUCCACGGUCUCGGCUCUCCAUCCUUCGGACUACCUCAGUCCCAACGGAUUCAGCAAAAACUCCCUUCUUCGUCGUCUGUUCUCGAGCGCAGGUACCGGUCUUGAUCACACGGUGACCGCAAAUGAAGAUGAAGUUGCAAAAACUGCUCGUUUGAAUGCAAUCUGGUCGCAAACAGCGAACGACCCUAUUGGUCCUGGUACCACCAGUCUGGGUUCGAGUGGGCUUGGUCGCGAGUCGUUAGAUGAUGGAGCAGAUGAUGAUUUGGUCGUCGCAUUUCCCUAUCUUCAUAACUCAGACAGUGGCCAUACCGGACCUGCCAACAGCCCACUCAUUUCAUAUUCUGGUGAUGGGAUUACUGGGUCAGCCUCAGUUCCUGAGCAUCCGGCCACUACAAGAUGCUGUGGGGCGAUCGGUGAGGGCCGCCGCCGUCGUCCGUCUACCCGUCCGUCCAGUCCACUUAGGGUAGAUCAAAUGAGUGGUGUCUCAGUGACCUCGUCGGCUAUUGCAUCCAUCACCGAAGUCGCUUAG